AGCUACCUGAUACUUCAGCAUCUAGGCAGUGAUGGGAUUUGCUGAGGACAAGACUUAUGAAUAUAUCCGCUACCAUUUCAAAAAAUUUUGCCACAUUCGUGCUCGGGAGAUUCUGCCUUACUUGGGCUGCCUGACGACAAGUGACCAGGACCGACUGCGUGCCGAACUCGAGCGCUGGGGGAAUGCUGACUCGAUCUGGAAAGUGUUUGACACCCUUCGACGGCGAAUGGGCUGGGUGGAGUCCUUCAUCCAAGCACUGAGGGUCUGCGAGCACAGAGAACUGGCCGAGGAAGUAGCCCACAUCUACCAGAGCAACCUGCCCCCGGUCCAGUCCCUCCCUGCAGCCCCUGUGCCAGGCCCUGCUGAGCUUCCGAGACUCUCCACACCUGCUGUGGCCUUCAGAGAUCCCCCCAAAAGCUACCAGGAGAAGGGGCCGAGCUACUCCACCCCUGUCCAAGAUACCCAGACUCCGAAGUCCCUGGGAGAGACUUCACAGACAGCCCCACAGACUGACAGCUCUGGCACUGUCCAGCCAGUGCCAGGUGGUCAGGAGCCCCCCUCUGACAUGGCGUCCCGUCGCCCUCCUGCCAAGGGUCUGCCACAGGAGCCGGACACAGAACUAGACAGCCCGCAUUUAGCAGGAGACAAUCUCACCCCCCUCCGGGGGCCUGUGUCUCCUACCGUCUCCUUCCAGCCCCUGAGCCGUUCUACCUCCAGGGCCAGCCGCUUGCCUGCACCCCCCACAGUGUCUGUGUCUAGCCCUAGCCUCUCCCCUUCCACUCCUGGCCUGGUCCCCUCUGGGGGUGCUGGUGACCGGGCCGAGGCCACCAGCAACCCUAGGGGUCCAGGGGUGCCCACCAGCCCAGCACCUUCCAAGGUCCCCGCCAAACCAAAGCCCUCAGGCACCAUGCCCACUGCUGUGCCCAGCAGCUUAACUCCAUCCAAGCUGCCUGUCAACUCAGCCCGUGCCAGCACAGGAGCAUCCAAGGUGCCCGACCACAAAAUGCCCACAAGUGCAGCACCCAGUGGCAAGGGUGGCAGCAGAGUGGCCAAGGAGGCCCCCGAGUCUCUGCCUCGCAUGGGCACAGAGGCUGGUGGCAUGGCCAGGCCGGAUGCUAGUGCCCACUGGAGAUCUGAUGUGGAGCUGAGCAAGCCAGGGAGGCUGAUCUCUCAGCUGGACAGCACGUUUUCAGGCUGCUCCGAGGACCUCGCCAUUAGCUACAGCGACUCCCUAGGCACCGUGGGCGGCACCAGUGGGCGGCACUGUCCCGAGGAGAACGAGUACCACUCAGACUCCAUCAGGAUGCACGUGGCUGGGAACCCCAGCGUCGACCUCAAGGCCGGCAACCCUGGGCCCAGCGCCUCUGGGCAGCUCCCGGAGGAGGAGUUUCCUGCGAAGCCACUGCCCAAGCCCGCAGCCCCCUGGGCCCUGUGGCUCGUGGUGGCUGCAGCUGGCGGGCUCCUGGCUGCGCUCCUGUACCACCGGCGCCUACUCCAAUGAUGCGUCUGAACCACCUGCUGCGCACAUACCCCGUUCUAGUUGUGUGUGUGUGUGUGUAUGGGGGGGGCAGCCGUUGCCCUCCGGGGUGCCCUGCACUCC